AUGGCCAACAUGACACUCACGACAAAACCCACUUCGAGACUCGCUCUAAGAAUCAAAGCCAAAGCCUCCAGAGCCACUGCCAUGGCCUCCAUAUCCACCAAAACCAAGGUGGUGCCUGCAGUCAUAGUCGGCGCCGGAAGGGUUGGGAAGGCCUUAAAUGACAUGGGCAAUGGUGAUGACUUGCUCGUCAAAAGAGGAGAGCCUGUGCCUCUUGACUUUGAAGGCCCAAUCUUGGUUUGUACUAGAAAUGAUGAUCUCGACGCUGUUCUUGAGUCCACUCCAAGGGCCAGAUGGAACGAAUGCAGUGUAGCUGAGGAUUUGUCCUCCGACUUCUUUUAUGUUUCUUUUAGAUUGAAUGGAAUGCUGGAACCAUGGCUUGAAAGUAAAGGUCUUGGUGAUGCGAACCAAGUGUUGGCAUAUUUUGCUGUCUCCAAGCUGGGAGAACCUCCAGUUGAUGGAAUAACCGAUGCCAAUCCUGAAGGACUGACAGCAUCAUAUGGGAAGUGGGCAUCUGCAGUGGCUGACAGAUUACAUGCUGGAGGCCUCACUUGCAAGGUUCUUGACAAGGAAGCAUUUCAGAAGCAGAUGUUGGAAAAGUUGAUAUGGAUUUCAGCAUUCAUGCUUGUUGGAGCUCGUCAUCCAGGAGCAAAUGUAGGUGGUGUAGAGAAAGACUACCGCUCUGAGUUCAGCAUUCGUGACUCUAUAAUUUUCCUUUGA